GGAGGAGUGGGAGAGGAGGAGGACGGAGAUGGAGAGGGGGAGAGGGGGAGGUUAUGAUGAGGAGACUGGACAGCCAUACCCAUACCCUCCAGAGUAUUAUUACCUGAAGGGGCAACCAGGUGAGAGUGGAAAACCUGGACAAAAGGGUGACAUUGGUGAAAAAGGACAAAAGGGAGAGCCAGGCAUUGGCCACAGAGGCCCAGAAGGCCAGGCUGGUCCUCCGGGACAGAAGGGUGAACCAGGUGAGCCAGGACCUCCAGGUGCUCAGGGCAUUCAGGGUAUCCGUGGUACUGCAGGCAUCCAGGGCUCCCCAGGCCUGAGGGGUCCCCCAGGGGACGCAGGAGAACCGGGCAGAGAGGGUGAACGGGGUAAAAGGGGGAAGAAUGGAUCACCUGGCACUCCGGGACCUCGAGGAGCAGCAGGACCUCCAGGUCCCCCUGGUGUAUCUGGAGUAAAAGGAGAAAAGGGUGACAGUAUUCCUGGAGAGCCUGGCACUCGAGGACUGGCUGGUUUUUCAGGCAGGAAGGGUGAAAAAGGUCCCGCAGGUGUCAAAGGAGCUCCUGGGCAUCUGGGUCCAAAAGGCUUGCGUGGCAGCAAAGGUGAAAAGGGGCAGCGAGGGUUGCCUGGAGUCAGAGGAGAAAGGGGGAGUGUGCUUCAAAUCCAAGGACCCCGUGGAUUUAAGGGUUCCAAAGGAACCGCGGGUGAGCGAGGCCCACCUGGUUUUGACGGAGACAAAGGAGAAAAAGGCGAGGACGGUCCUCCUGGGGUCAAGGGCCUGAAGGGCGAUGCGGGUGCUAAGGGUGCACUGGGCCGGUUUGGAGCACGUGGACCUGUAGGUCAGAAGGGAGACCCAGGAGAGUCAGGACUCAAUGGAGUGAAGGGACGCAACGGGGAUCAUGGAGUGGACGGGGCCAAAGGGGACAAAGGAGACAUAGGACUGCAAGGCCAGAAGGGCAAUCAGGGUGAUCGAGGAGAGCCGGGCUUACCAGGAGCAAAGGGGGAGAAGGGAGAGAAGGGUUUCAGAGGUUUACCUGGACGCAUUGGGAGUCCAGGACUGGAUGGUGAAAAGGGAGAUAUGGGGUUACCUGGCAGCCCUGGCGUACCUGGACUGAAUGGACUCAUAGGGCGCAAGGGUGAUAAGGGAGAAGGAGGCACCAAUGGUGCUGAUGGAGGUCGAGGAGUAAAAGGGGAAAAGGGUGCAGCAGGUUUCCCAGGUUUCCCAGGAUUUAAGGGGUCGGCAGGAUUUCCUGGAAAGGAUGGAGAUGAGGGACCAUCAGGACUCCCAGGACCCCAUGGGGACACAGGGCCUAAGGGUGAGAGAGGCAGAAGGGGCAGAUCGAAGCCAUGUCAGAGGGGGGCACCGGGGACUCCAGGACUCAGAGGAGAGAGCGGCGCAGUGGGCAUUGAAGGAGAAAAAGGGGAGAAGGGGGAACCUGGACUCUCUGCUGAAGAAGUGAAGGAGCUCGUCACGCAAGAGAUGGCAGAAAAGUGUGGGUUGAAAUAUAAGUUGAUGGUGAAGUCUGUGGAUCCAGAUGAAACGACCUCGGUGACUGAGAAGAAAAAUAAGGCUGAUGAUGUGCUACUAUCCCCCAGCCGUGACCUCCAGGAAGAAGGGAUGGUAGAAGAAGGUGGAGGAGUGGAAGAAUAUGGAGACAAAGUGGGAGAAAUGACCAGUCCUGCCCCUGUGAUCCUCAAAGAGAAUCAAGGAAACCCAGCAAACCUCACUGAUUCUCUUUAUGGAGCAACUGCAGAAUGGGGACAGAGGAAGAAGAGAAGAGUUUUUGGGACAAACUCUGCUGUUUCAGCAGCAGACCGCUGCCUGGAGCCGAUGUCCGAGGGGGUCUGCUCAGAAUACGUCCUGCUGUGGUACUUCCACCCUCGCUCAGGGGAAUGCAGGCCGUUCGUGUACGGCGGCUGUGGUGGCAACAGAAACCGAUUCUCCUCGAGACAAGAGUGCCAGAGUUGGUGUGGGAUGGAAAGGAGAGGGCAGAGGUACCAGUCAGAUCGCAGAUGAAAUACACAUUGUAAUCAGGAAAGAAAAUUCUUCUUAUAAAGUAACAAUGGGAAGAUACUAUAGAUGUGAAAAUAGUCAUUCCAGACAGGGUGAUUCGCCCUUAAACAGGUACUGAACUCUGAACUGAAACUAGCAGCUCCAUGCAAGAAAAAACUUUUUGUAUAUAACUGUGUAAAAUGUAUUAUAUUGGAUUUAUUUAUAUAUAUAUAUAGUUUGACAUUUUCUUGAUUUGUUUUCUGAAAAAAAAAGUGUUGAAAAUCAACAAGUGAAUGUUUAUCUCAUGUUAAUUUUGUAUUUUUUAUAUUUGUUUCUUGAAUAGACUUUAGAGUUAACUGCUGAGAAAUUAAAUCCGUUUUUUUCUUUUGUGAUGUCUUUGUCGUGCUUG